CGUUGCUGUUGCUGCUGGGUUGUUUGGUGGGAUACCUGUAGAGUUCUGCACUAAAAAGGGGGGACAACCAACCAGGUAUGAAACAGUCGUAUUCGAGACGUCGAAAAGGCAACGUCGCGAUAUCGCUGAUUUCACAACCGCCGCGACGCCGAUCAUUGUAAAAUCGCUAUUUUUCGUUUUUAUCCGCAUUGAAAUUUAUUAACGAGAUUCGAUCCGAAUAAAUCGAAUUUAAUUUUGACUUGUCUCAGUUUGCAUAGAAUUGUAUCGUUUAUUUUUUUUGGUGUUGUAUGUGUGUUGGUAGGGUACCGAGGGGCCUUUAACCGGCUGCGAAGAGGUAACGGUGCCAUCGGUUUCCAAGUUCUUUUUGCGUUUAACUUUUUUUUCGACUAUUUCGUCCCAUGGAAGAAGAAUAACGAGUCCAAAUUUGGCGAUAUGCAUAAAGAAAGAUCUGGUAGUUUUACCACAAAUAAACCAAUGGAUUCAAAGUUUCUUCUCGGCUUAACAGAAGCCGAAAGUUGUACAACAACGGACGUAGAAACUCUCGACGAUGCUCAAAAACUCGUUAGGGAAUUACGACAAAAAACGCGCGCCCAAGCCCAACAACUUUUAGCGUGGCGAAGAGCUUACAAAAUGCAAGAACUCUUAAUAUCCCGGAUACAAAAAGAAAAAGCAGAUCAAUUAAAAGCCCUCUCGGGAAAAUUACUCUUUUUCGAAUCGCGCCUAAUACGCAAACAAAAAGACAUCUCGACAAUGCUUAAUUUAAGAGAGUCGAUAAUCCAAAGACAACAAAGAAUGAUCGAAUCGUUAAUUAAUCGACUCGUCGAUAACGGAUUAGAACCGCCACAAACCGAACUUUUAGAGUUAGACACGAAUCUUUUAGAUUUGGAUUCGUUAAAUGAUUCUGAUAGUGCCGUUGUCAUGGAAGAUGUUGAUUCGGAUUCUUGCAAUUUAACUCAAAUUCCGAAAUUUCGAUCUGGAAAUCCGGAUGCUGUAACAGUGGUGAGAUCGAUUUCGGACGCGAUCGAUCCCAAUUUAAAAUAUACCGUCCGAAGGAGUAACGGUUUCCUAAGAAGACCGGAAAUCUUGGAAACCGUGUACAGCGUUGAAGAGGAUGUCGAUAACGACAGUCAAAACGAACACAAAUCAACGGAAUUGCAUCGGAAACGAGAUGCUUUCGCCGCAAGUGGUAGCUCAAAAGCGAUAUGCCAGAAUAAUCCCGAAGAUAUGUCCCAAAAGGAAUCAUCUACCUGGAGUUAUAAUAGUACAAGAAAAACAGGAAAAGAAGAUGAAAAACAGAACAAUCAGGUUACCACUUACAACAGAGUCAUGUCAAAUCAUCGUUCAGUAACGAAACCUAAAGAUGUUAAAUAUAAAAGAAUUAAUAAAGCGAAAUCGAAGAGUUUAGAGGAAUUGAGGGGGAGGUUAAAAAAUUGGGUUGAACAAGGAAAUAAAUUGAAUAAUAUUGCUUUAGAACAUAGUCAAAGUUAUGCCUAGCUAAACGAUGAUUUUUAUUUUUAAAUUAACUUUGAUUUUAAAUAUUCGUUGUGAUUUAUAUUUAAAUUGGUGAUGAAUAAGAAAUCGCUUGGCCUAAACCGAUUUUAUUUUUAUUAUUCAUAUACUAUUAUUAUAAUUAAUACAAUUAAUAUUACACACUACGUUGUACCU